UUCCCUCUCCUCCAGCUUCAACAAAGACAAUCGGUAUAAUCUUCCUCUAAGGAAUUUUGCUUCCACUGCUCCAAGAGGUCACAGGUCACAGAGGAACCCAUAGAAACAGGAAACGGAGCUUCCUCAGUCUACUUUCAAAUACUCAAAAACCUGUUUCCUUUCUCUCCCGCAAACACAACCUCGCAAUCCGGCGUUUGGUUCAGAUCCAUAGUGAAAGCAACAGCAGAAAGCGAAAGAGUUUAGACGGCCUCUGCUGAGGACGAUAUGAAAGACAUACCGAGGUUCUUGCAAGCCAAGAGAAUGUGGGAGAUAUUUUCAGUAUUGCUUUUCUUAACCUUGGGACGAAGCAGAGCAGAAGCCAAUUCAACAGACCCGAUCUUGGUCACGACUUUGGAUUCCAGCAAAGUGGAAGUAAGUCAUCCUGGCUCAGCUGUUCCUGAAGUUCAGAGCCUUGGAGGUGUGGAGGCAAUAUCAUUGAUACCAGAUUCUUCUGCGAAUCCAACUUCUGUGCUGGCUAUAAAACAGGAUGGACGAGACAUAAAACAUAGCACUUUUACAACCCAGGAGGAAAUUCAAAGCUCGCCAACCCCAGUUACAAUCCAGCAAGGAGAAAACAUCAGCCUUAAAACUCCUAGCAGAGAAAAGGACAGUGAUGGUAGUGUUACAAAUGCCAAGACAUCGAUCCUACCUAAGGAUGGAGGACAUUCAGCACAGAUCCAACCCCGAAAGGGUCCUCUUGAAAAGGAAACACCGAAAAAACCAGUUGUGAGCAGAACUUCCAGACAAUCGGGCUACGGCAGCAACAGCGGCCAGCAGGCUAAAGAUAACAGAAGCCCCAGCUUUGAUACUACCAGGGGAAAGAACUGGUGUGCCUACGUUCACACAAGGCUUCAGCCCACAAUUGUGGUUGACAAUGUACAAAGCUACAGCUCUGGGAGAGCCAAGCCAUGCACUUGGAUUACGGGAUCCUGUGGAACAAGUUCCCAGUCAAGGACCCACCAAGUUUACAGGAUCAAACAUAUGAUAGUUACCUCACUGGAGUGGAAAUGCUGUCCAGGAUACAGUGGAGGAACAUGCCAGCCAACAGCCCAACAGGAUCAAACGCUCAUCCACAGCAACCAGGCAGAGAGCAACACAGCUACUACUGGGCAAACCCUGGGAAACCAACAGCAGCAGCAAGAGCCCAACGACCAAGCAGUUGCACAAAAAGUGAAUGAACAGAUUAGCAGCCAGGAGAUGAAACUGACUUUGCUACAGAAGAAGGUUGACAACAUUUCAGUCAUCAUGAGAGACGUGAGCCAGAAGCUUUCCUCUCUGGAAGGCAAAAUCAAUGAAGAUAAGAGCCAAGAUUUUCUAAAAGGUUUCAAAUCCAAAGGUGUGACUGAACUGAUCAGAGAAAUCGUAAAAGAGCAGUUUAAAGCCUUCCAAAGUGACAUGCAAGAGACAGUGGCUCAAAUUUUCAAGAUCACAUCUGAUCUCUCCGAAGAUCUUGAGAAUACCAAAGGCUUGGUCAAAGGUUUGAAUAAAUCCUGCCAGAGAUUUGCCCUUGAUAUUGAAAACAGACCUACAAGGGUUGAAAUACUAGACAUUCGAACCCAGAUCUUGCAUAUUGAAGACGAUAUCAGCUUUACGUGUGAGAGGCCAAUCAAAGAACUGCAAGAAAAGCAGAGAUCUUUGGAAGCUGACUUAGAGCACCAAAGCUCAAAGAGUGAUAUUUACUAUGGGUCUCUGAACAAAACUCUUACACAAAUGAAAGAAGCACAUGAACAACUGUUAUCAGUGGAACGAAGCUCGGUCCAGAAUGUACCCAUAGCUGCUGAAUCAAUGAAUGAUAAUCUUACAAAUUUCGUGACAAAUUUACAGGAGAAAAUGAAGACGCAGAACUUGAUGGUUUUGCAGCUGUACGAUGAUCUCAGGAUCCAAGACAACAAGAUCAAUAACCUUACCAUCUCAUUAGAAAUCCAGAGACAUGACCUACAAGGUAGAUGUGACAACAUAUUGUCCGAAUGCAAAAGUGACAUCCAACUGCAGAUAAGGGGCGUGGAAGGGGAUAUUCGUUCCUUAAAUAAAACUGUGGAGAGUCUUGUAUUUCCCUUGGAUGAUAAGAUGGAGAAAAUGAACGAGCAGAUCAAUGACCUCUGCUAUGACAUGGAGAUUCUCCAGCCUUUAAUUGAACAAGGAGUUCCUUUCAGCCUUUCAUCCGAGGAUGAGUUACGGCUCGAAACAGAUGCUAUUAGCAGAAAACUGGAGAAUUUAACCAACCUUGUGACAACGCUGAACUUCACCAUUGUGGAACUCCACAAAAAUCAGAAGGAACUUAAAACUGACGCUCAGACUCAAGAUGAAAUUUCUAGGACGCGUAUUGAUGAAUGCUUUGUUUUGGUAGAGGAGGGGUUAAACAAAACCAUGAUUGUUAUCAACAGUGCUAUUGAUUCCAUCCAAGAUAACUACGUCCUCAAAGAAGCCCUGAAUGCUUGGAAAAACGAGACCGAAGCUUGCUGUGAUCGUGGGGAGAAGAUGGAAAAUGUGUUGACGUUAAUACCGCAAUUCCAAAAGAUGAACGAAUCCCUUCAGAUACUAGUCAGCCAAAACGAGAAACCAAAGAGAAUUUGGCCCCUUGUAGAAUCUUCCUUUGGCGAACGGGACAUCCAUCACCUCAGCAAAGGUCACCCUAACCCAAACACCACAUUAUUAAAUGUUCAAGAGCACAAGAGAGACGCUGGUCACCCAGAUGACAAAAUAUUGCACUCCAGCAACGAAUACAACGAUCAUGAAAUGCGUCUGCAGGCCGUGGAGGGGAAAAUCAUCAAAUUCUUGGCAAACAACUGUGUCUCAGUGAGAAAUGUGAAAGCGGCUGCCACAGAAAAUGAGAAAACCGUCUCUGUUCAGCUUCAGACCUUCAAUUCCAGAAUCAGGGCUCUUGAAGCCAAAAGCAUCCGCUUAUCGCUGAGUAUCCCACUCUUAAACAAGACAGCCAACGAAGCAAGGAACUUGUGUGAGGAUGUCUCUGGAACCAUUAGAGAAAUGAAUGCCAGCCUUCCCAAACUGAUGCCAACCAUUCACUCAGAUGGCAUAUUGUUUCAGAAGGGCUUCCAAGAGCUCACUGGCGCCAUGAUAGAGGCCAAAACAGAAACACUUCUAGCCAACCUAACUUUGUAUGUAGACAAGUCCCUAGAAGGGGCAAUAGACAGUAUAACCAAACGGUUAAAGGCAGCUGCUACUCUUCCGAAGAAGCCACUACCUGGGAAAAAGACACCCAUGAACAGCGUUACAAAUCAGGCUGGAAGAAGUCAGAGAAACACUGAUUCUGCUUUAGAAACAGGGGAUUAUCUGAGCUGUAGUAGCUCCCCGUGUCAAAAUGGAGGGACCUGCAUCAAUGAAAAGAGGGGCUUUGUCUGUGCUUGUCGCUAUCCUUUCGGAGGAGCCAACUGCAGCGCCAAGAUGAUGCAGGAAAAUGCUGCAGCCAUAGAUUUCUCAAAGGGGUCUUACAGAUAUGCACCAAUGGUAGCCUUUUUUGCUUCGCACACCUAUGGGAUGAACACACCUGGUCCUAUUCGAUUUAACAAUCUGGAUGUCAACUAUGGGACCUCAUAUGUCCCUGCAAAUGGAAGGUUCCGCGUACCAUAUUUGGGAGUAUAUGUCUUUGAGUAUAACAUUGAGUCCAGCAGCCCAUCCAUCUCAGGCUACCUUGUGGUUGACGGAACAGACAAGCUAACUUUCCGAUCUGAAAAUGGAAGCGGAGACAAAUACGUGACUAGAGUAGUGACCGGAGAUGCUAUAUUGGAACUGAACUACGGACAAGAAGUCUGGCUCAGACUGGCAAAGGGCUCCAUCCCAGCAAAAUACCCACCCGUAACUACAUUUAGUGGCUACUUAUUGUACCGUACAUAAAAGCUGCCAUCCAAUAUGUCUCCCCUGUUACUUCUUACUUCUUGCUACCCAAAUAAAGGAAAUCUCAUUUAGAGUUCCCAGCUCUUCUUUGGUAGAUGUUCUGUGCCUCUAAUUUUUGCACAACAGACAGAAAUUAGAUAGGGAAUACUUUUCCCAUGCUUGGAUUUCAGCGCUGGCCAAAAAAAAAAAAAAAAAAACAAACACAAAACCCAGAUAUCUUGGCUAAUGACAGAAGGAUGCCCCUCAGUAUUUCCCAAUCUUGGCAACUUUCAGACUUGUAGAUAUCAGCUCAACUGAGUUCUCAUCUGUGGCCAAUGCUGGCUGUGGAAUUCUGAAGUCCACAAAUAUGAAAAAUGGCAAGAUUAGGGAAAAGAAUGUUGUGCGCGAUGUUAUGAUCAUUCUAAUUGUGUAAAAGAAUUUUUGGAGAACUGGUAAAGUGAAUUAUAUUUUGAUAGCUCUUGAUAGUGACAUGAUAUCAGCUAAGGGCAAAUUGACGUCAGGCUUGCCCUAUUGACUUUGCUUUCUUUUUAUUAGGAAAACUGCAGUUAUUCAGCUAUAACAUGUUCUGCCUUCUGUUGAAUUAAAUAUCGUAGCAUUUUGGGGAAAGCUCUGAAGGUUGUACCUGAAGCUUUGGAGGAAUGACUUGCCGUCCUAGUAAUAUGCUAAGAGAUUCUGGUCUGCCUUCUGAUCAUUUCUGAAGCCACUGUUUUGCUCGUCUACAACUUGUAUCUGAAUGGUUCUGUUCCCAUGUCAUUGGGGUGAAAAGACCCAUGCUCUUUUUAUAUUUAGGCCUUUUAUAUAUUCUCUCUGUAGCCUUCUGAAGUAGUACUAUGCAAAACCAUCAAGAUAUUAGGACCAGGGUGGCAAAGAUAUUUUACAGCCAAGAAUUUGGGGUCCUUUUUGGGGGAUGGAGGGGUUGUUUUAAAUUAAUUUAACUUGGCUUCAGAGCAGUGAUGGCUUGCUCCUGGUUCGGUCCGGUUCUAUAGAACCGGUAGAAAACCGUCAGGAGGCUCCGCCCACCUGCCAUGACAUCAUCAUGGGUGAUCUGCACAUGUGCAGAAGCGUGCGCACAUGCGCUCCCAUUGCGAACCAGUAGUAAAGGUAAGUGGGAACUCACCCCUGCUUCAGAGAGAGCAGUAGUAAUAUAUUCAUAUCACUGAAAGAAGUAGUUGCAGGAAAUGUGACUUGCCUUUUCUAUAUUUUGGGGUCUAGGAGAGUGAAAAUGGCCAAAUAGGCAUUAAGCGUAUAAAACAUGAAUGUACCUCCUUUUGCUUUUACUUUUUGCCCUUUUUUUUUUGAGAGCAUUUUUGUGGUUUAUGGAUUUUUACCCUUAUUUUUGAAAUGGGGAAACAUCGUGCUACUGAAAAAAAAUCAGAGAUUUAUUUCCACAUUUUAACUGCAUGAUCUUGGGGAAUUCUGGAAGCUGUAGAAUGGGAGUGACAUUUGCCUACUCUUGAAUUAGGAGGAAGAUUCAAAGUGAGGAAAUGCAGUUUAUUUCGUCUGCCAAAUUCAGUAUGUGUUUGAAACUUAUAUGCAGAAUUUUACUUUAUUCUUCCAGCAUAUAUAAUCCGGAAUCUUAAAUGUUAUAACAAAAUUAAAAUUUAAUGUUUCUAUUUACCCAUGCUACAUUUUGUAAUUAUACAAAAUUAAAGUAUAAAUGUACUAUAAAAACUAUCAAUUUAAAUACUGAAUUUCCAAGAUGUGUAAUGGUUUUUUGAGUUUUUAAUAAAUUAUGUGUCAUGCAUGUAAGAGAUUAAUAAAAGAAUUGAAGCAUAGGUGAACUUUAA